AAAUAGAGUGAGUGGAUGAGUUUUUUUUAUACAAAAAUAAAAAAAUGGCUGUCAAAUGACUUUGACAGGCAUAGAAGAAUUAUAUUUUUGUUUAAUGGAAGGUCAAAAGAACGUUUCAUAUUUUUAUAAAAUCCCGAAAAAACAUAAAAUAUUUAUCCUUUAUUUCGUACAUUAAGCUGUCAAAAAGUGUUGAAAAAUUUGUGACAAGUUGUAAAAAAAUAUAAGCGGCGGAGAGUAUGGCGACGUCAGACAUCAGCUGAUUCGACCUCCGCUUUAACCAGGAGGAAAUGAUAAAUGUCGAAAUUUCACGGCGAUCACGCCGUUGAUACUGAAAGAUCGUGAAUGUAAAAGAUGACUCCGCCCUUGAGUCGCAAGCGUGGCUCGUCAGUCAGUUUCACACGAGCGAAGGAUGACACCGAGAAUGGAGGAGACGAAAUUCAAAUAUCACUGGCACCUUACAUUCAAACCUACCUGGCCCACAGUGGCCAGGGCGUGGGAUGCUGCGGAAUCGGCCUGCCAGUUCCAUUUGAACGAGCCGCCCCCAGAUCCUGGUGGAAUCCAAAAUUCGACUCCGAAAUCCUCGAGGAGCAGUUUAAAAGAAGUGCCUUUCCUCAAAUCAGAUUGAGAUUUCGAUACGCUCUUACCUACAUUUUGCUAGUCUCCGUCUCAUGGCUUGUUUAUUUUGUGAUAAAAGGAAUAGAAAAUAAAUCAGACUCCUGGCCGGCAAUCACGAUAACCUUCAGUGUUUUGGGUUUUUUGAUAUCAGCAGUGUUAUACUUGACACACACAGAUCAUUAUCAAUCGUACGUUGUCUUGACGUCUGUUAUUGUGGCCUCAAUUCUCUGUCUACUGUCACUGAUAUUCCUCAUUCUUGUUCCGCCAUAUUUCGACGGGCUCACACUCGUUGGACAUUUCGCCCUAUGCUCGGAAAUUCUUUUACUAAUUUACACCGUUAUUCCAAUGCCUCUUUACGCGUGUGUUGGAAUCGGUACAAUUUAUUCAAUUCUCUUCGAAUUUCUCACAGCGUAUCUCUAUGGACUGAAUGGGGGAAAGAGGACUUUUUUCACUGAUUUUAGAGGGAAUUCGACGACCAAAAGUGAAAAAUUAACCGUCAAUAAUUUCACGAGCGAAGUUAUUGCACCACCAAUCUUAGAUUCUCUUUCAAGAGUUGUUCGAUCAUUGAAUAGUUCGGAAAAUUUUCAUUCUGCUUUUCAUGUGAAAUACAAUGGGGAUGUGGAUUUUUCAACAACGCUCACUAUUCGCAUUUUAAUGCAAAUUUGCAUUCACAUUAUUGGCGUUCAUAUUUUGAUUAUGACUUUUGUGAGAAUGCGCGGAACUUUUAUGAAGGUGGGACAGUCAUUGUUGGUGCGCCGUCAGUUGGAGAUGGAGAAGCAAUUGAAGGAGAAAAUGAUUCUCUCUGUGAUGCCGCCGAAAGUUGCCAAUUGGUUAAUGGAGGAGAGCGAGAAGGAACGGGAGCGUGAGGAUUCGUUGAAAAAGGGUUCGAUUCCCUCGAAUCACACCGACAUUCGUUCACUAUUUCGACCAUUUAAUAUGCAUUCAAUGGAGGAUGUUAGCAUUUUAUUUGCCGAUAUUGUCGGCUUCACGAGAAUGAGCUCGAAUAAAACGGCCGAGGAGCUUGUCGGGAUUCUCAACGAUCUCUUUGAAAGAUUUGAUGAUCUUUGCGAGCAUCACGGCUGCGAAAAAAUAUCAACGCUAGGCGAUUGUUAUUAUUGUGUCAGCGGUUGUCCCGAACCAAGACCUGAUCAUGCAAAAUGCUGCGUAGAAAUGGGAUUAGCAAUGAUCGAGGCAAUAAAGCAGUUUGAUAUCGAAAGAAGAGAGGGUGUGAAUAUGAGAGUCGGUGUGCACACCGGAACAGUACUCUGCGGCAUUGUGGGUACAAAAAGAUUCAAAUUUGACGUUUGGUCAAAUGAUGUGACUCUAGCGAAUAAAUUGGAGAGCACUGGAUCAGCGGGUAGAGUUCAUUUGAGUGAAAAGACAUUCAAUUUUCUCGACGAUCAUUAUUUGAUGGAGGACGCGGAACCAAUAAAAGAUUUGAAGACCUAUUUCAUAAAAUCGAGAAAAUCGGAUAUGAUGUCAGAAUUUAUGACGAACGUGACAACGGAGGGAAUGAGUAUUUCGCCUUUAAUGCAAUCUCGUCAUCGGCUGGCGUCCUGCAACACGCACUCGAAACCAAGGCCGCAUUAUCUUCAUAUGGUGACAAAUACGAGUUGCUAUCGAAUGAAAGCAAAUUCACUGCCGAGUAUUUUGGAUUCAGAGAACGACGACGAAGAGGGUGGAGACGAUAAGGAAGACGUUAAUAAGAGUCCGACAUCGACGGCGAGUUAUGGAAAGAAGAAAUCGAAAAAUAAACCUUGGAGGUAUCUUCAAAGGCAACGAACAACCGAGGAGAUGACGCCUUUGGAUAGAAAACAGAAUGUAAUUGAUGAUAAUGAUGAGUCCACAAAAGAGGAGCGAAAUGGAAUUACAAAGACGCAUGCUUCCACUGAUGUGGAGAUGGACCUGAAUCCCGUACCUUCUAGUCCUCUGCUACCCGGUCAGGAACCACUUAGUCACGCCUCGUCUAUCUGCAGCAGAAAAGAUUCCGGGAUUCGCAGUAGGCGCAGCAGUAUCCAACAGCAAUUGUUUCUCAUGAAUGGAAUGGCCCAGGGCGACUUGUUGACUCAAAGGGUGAGCGGCUAUUACACAUCGAAUUCGACUUUAAACUCAACUCAGGAACCGUCUUCUUCUGUGCCACCAUAUCCGUUUCCGCCGGCCGUCACCGAUACGUUUGGCGCUUGCUUCCAUAAAUUGAGAAAGCAGUCGGAUCUUCAGUUAAUAAGGUGCGUUCAGGAUAACGUCAGUUCGCAAAGAUCGUAUUUCGUGAAACCUCCAUUGUCGAGUGUGACACUUUUCUUCAAGAAUAAGGAAAUGGAAAAGGAGUAUCGGGAGAAUGCUCAUAAAGCCUCGGAGGGAUUGGGUGGCAAUCCUCCUACAUUGGCGACGUCGCGUUUCAAUACCUAUUUCGAUAUUCUCAUAUCGGCACUCGUCUAUUCAGCAAUUGCGAUAUCUCUCUUUCUCCUUUGCACGCCGUCAAUUUAUUUUAUUGUCUUCUUCAUAUUUGGUACGCUAAUUGAAGCGUCGGCUGUAUCGUUGUGCAUUCGUCAGCUUCUCAAUCCAAGUACAAUGCACGCAACAUUCGCCCAUCGGAUAUUUAAAUUUUUCUCGCGAUGGUAUCCAUGGCAUGUUUGUGGCGCCGUUCUAGUCGCUCUGCCAAUAGUUUCGAUUCUCAUGAAUUUCACAUGCAAUUUUCGUUCGAGUUUCCAUAAUUUCGAAUAUUAUUACAGUUAUCUCAUUUUCGUUGGUCUCGUACAUUUUUGCAAUUUUACUCAGUUGAAUUGCUGGAUGAAAAAUCUCCUCGUUACCGUAACCGGUAUUUUAUUCAUUUGUCUCGUGGCAAAUCACGCGACACUUUAUCGAAGUCACAUUUUCACGAGUGUCGUCAAUUCGAGUGUUGUCAAUUUUUCGGGAAUUGCCGAUUUCACGGAGAAUGUGAUAUUUGAAAAUAAAAGUCUCCUCGUCAUUCCAAUUGGUGCUGCUGAGCCGCGUGAAGCAUUCACGAUAAAUGCGACAAAAUUGGAUGAGAAUGAAAAUCGAAAACGUUUGUAUGACGAGAGACUCUAUAAUUCGGAAAUUUUUUUAGAUAUGGUACUUUUAUUAUUGUUGGUGUGGUUUCUAAAUAGGGAAUUUGAAAUUAGUUAUCGUUUGAGUUUUCACGGGAAUUCUGUUGCUGCUCGCGAUAAAGCACGGGUCCAAAGUAUGAAGAAUCAAGCCGAUUGGCUGUUACACAAUAUUAUUCCUAAAUAUGUAGCCGAUCAAUUGAAGACAACUGCGAAAUACUCGCAGAAUCACAAGGCUGUGGGAAUUAUAUUUGCGAGUAUUGUAAAUUUUAAUGAAUUGUAUGAUGAAUCUUAUUUGGGAGGAAAGGAAUAUCUCAGGGUGCUCAAUGAAUUAAUUGGCGAUUUCGAUGAAUUGUUGGAGAAGUCGGAUUACGCGAAUGUUGAGAAAAUUAAGACGAUCGGCAGCACUUUUAUGGCAGCGAGCGGUCUUAAUCCUCAGGUUCGUCAACAAAGUGAACACGUGAAUACCCAUCUUUUUCAGCUACUCGAUUUUGCAGUGGCAAUGCAUAAAGUUAUCUACGAUUUUAAUCAAGAUCUUUUAGGUUUUAAAUUAAUACUGAGAGUAGGUUAUAAUUUUGGCGAUGUUACGGCCGGAGUAAUUGGUGCUACAAAACUUUAUUACGAUAUUUGGGGCGAUGCCGUGAACAUUGCUUCUAGAAUGGAUUCCACGGGUGUCGCUGGAAAAAUACAAUUACCCAGCAGUUGUCUCCAAGUUUUAAAUGAAAGAUACGAAUUUGAACCACGUGGUCAGGUUUAUGUGAAAGGAAAGGAUAAUAUGGACGUUUGCCUUCUUAUUGGAAAAAGGAACCAAACUAAAGCCACGUAAAGAAAAAUUUAUUUGCCUAAACGAUUUCGUGACAUUUAGAAGAAAAAAUAGAGGUGAGAGAGAAAAAUAUUUAUUAAGAAAUACUGUAUUUUUGUAAAUAACGAGAAAGUUUUUUGAAACGGGAGAUCUGACGCGAAUCUGCCUUUUCUAAUUAUAUUAUAUAUUGUAAAAAAUGUGUAAUUUAUAUGUGCGUUACGUGCUUUAAAUGUGGUUUUCUGAACGUCUGAAAUUAUCGAGAAUACAUAUACUCGUUAUUAUUUUUUAACGCGAUACUCGAGUUCUUUUCAAAACGAACGAUUUUGAAUUCAAUUUUUAAAUAUUUUUAAUAUAUUUAUGUUGUUUAAAAUAUCACAAUAGAAGUCUAUUUAAAAGACAUGUGACGUGCUCUGAAAGAAAAAGGAAUAAGUGUUGUUUGUCAUGGACUUUUCUUGAUUACAAGUUUCAUUUUAAUUAUAAUUAUGUUAAAUCGAAAUCGGUUAUUUCUUAUUCACAUUAAACUUUCUUCAGAGCGCGUCACAUAUUCUAAAACAAUUUUUUUAUCUUCUUAAAAAAAUAGAUUUAUUUUUCCCUGUUGACACUGAUCCUUCGAUUCAUGAAAAAAUAAAUAUGAUUACAUCUGUCAAAAAAUUCAGAAUCGUUCAUCUGUCUUGUGCAUUUUUAAAGUUUCGUAACACAAAAGUUUAAAUAAUAUUAUACUUAUAAUUUAAGAAUUAUUGAAAAAAUUUGUUUCCAUUGUUUUUUUUUUUUUUAUUUAAAUGUUGAUGAAAGAAAAUUUACAAUUUUUUCACAAACAAAAGAAAAAUAUAAAAUUUGUUUUUCUUUGAAUUGAUGAAAUGGUAGAGAUCUGAUUCUUGAAUCUUGUUUUUUUAUUAAAAGUAAUUCUUCUUUAUUUUCCGACACGAAAAAUGCUCGACUGAUUGUGAUGUAAACAAAUUUUUGCAAGAAUUUUCAAAAAAUGAUUGCUUUUUAUAAUUUUAUUGAUUUAAUUUAUUUUUCUUUUUAAAUUGGACCUAAUUUCUUUUAAAAUGAGAUGAGAAAUUUUAGUUAAUGAAAACUAUUCACUUUUAUCGAAAUGUUUUAAAGAAAUUUUGAGUCAUUUUAUACGGAGAAAAAAUAGAAAAAUUGAUAAUUUUUAUUUUUAACUGAAAAUAUUUUUUUUAAUUUCUAUCCUAAAUAU